AUGGGAUUUAAUCUAUUAUCAAAGAUUGAUAAGCUCAAUGUAGCUUCCGUCGAUCACCCGAACAGCCACGAUGCGACAGAUCCCGAGAAAGGUCGGCCUGCCUCACCACCGAAGGAUGAAGAAACCAUCUCAGUCAACGCACAAACUGGUGUGAAGGCUGUACAGGCCGCUACAACAGUUUGGACAAAAUGGCAUCUCAUUGGAGCUUAUGUCAUAAUUUGGUGGAUUUACUUUGUUACUUCUCUGCAGGAAGUCGUUGUUCGUGCAAUGAACCCUUACGUCGUCAGUGCGUUUCGUCUGCACUCGUUGACUGCCGCUGUUGGAAUCAUGUCCAGCAUCAUUGGAGGACUCUCCAAAAUCCCACUUGCCAAACUUCUUGACAUCUGGGGUCGUCCUCAAGGCAUGCUACUCAUGCUCACGCUUUGGAUCGUCGGCUAUAUCAUGAUGGCCACCUGUAAGAACGUGCAGACCUAUGCGGCCGCUCAGGUCUUCUCAAGCACCGGUUCCCAGGGUGUCAGUUAUUGUCUGACCGUCUUCAUCGCAGAUACUUCCAGUCUUAAGAACCGCGCAUUCAUGCUUUCUUUUGCUACCUCGCCCUAUAUAAUCACAACCUGGCUCGGCGGCCCCAUCUCUGAGAGUUUGCUUCGUCCUGGAGGUGCGGGAUGGCGGUGGGCGUUUGGGAUAUUCGCCAUUGUCAUUCCUGUCGUCACUAUACCUCUUGCUUUUCUGUUUCUCUGGAACGACCGUAAAGCAAAGAAGUUGGGUUUGCUGGAGCCCACAAAAGUCCGCUGCAACAUGGCCGCAAUCCGCAAGUUCUGUGUAGAGAUUGAUCUUGUCGGCAUCCUGAUUCUCAUCUCUGGGAUGGCGUUGUUUCUUCUACCAUUCAGUCUCUACAGCUACCAGGAAAAGAGGUGGGAAAGUCCAAUGAUCAUCGGUAUGCUAGUGACUGGUUUCAUCUUGCUACUCAUUUUUCCAUUGUGGGAAAAAUUUCUGGCACCUGUCACCUUCAUUCCCUACCAGCUUCUACUCGAUCGUACUGUAUUCCUGGCUGGAAUGAUGCUUCUCUUCAACUUCUUCAACAGUGCUGUAUGGGGAAGUUACUUUGGUUCCAUGCUCCAAGUUGUAUGGAAUCUGAGCAUCACCAAAGCGAGCUAUGUUACAAGCAUAUAUCGUGUAGUCUCUUGUGGCUGGUGCUUCCUAGCUCUGGGCCCGGCUAUACGUUACACGGGGAGAUUCAAAUGGACGGCUGCUUGGUUCGCCCUCCCCCUUGAUAUUCUUGCUAUCGGCUUGAUGAUCUAUUUCAGGCAGCCGGGAACCGAUGUCGGUUAUAUUAUCAUGACCCAAAUCUUCACUGCUGUCGCCGGCGGCACAAUUGUCAUUGCAGGAGAAAUGGCCAUGAUGGCACCGUCGGAUCACCAGCAUAUUGCGGUUGUUCUCGCUGUGCUGAACCUAUUCUGUUCGAUUGGAAGUGCGGUAGGCAGCACUGUCUCAGCUGCCAUCUGGACAGGCACCUUCCGAAGCAACCUUAUCAAAAAUGUUCCAAGCCAUGUGAAUAUUGCCAACAUCUAUGCAGAUCUCCGCACCCAGCUAUCCUAUAAGUGGGGCUCUCCUGAGCGGGUUGGUAUUGCUCAGUCUUAUGCCGAUUCUCAGCGCUUAAUGCUGAUCACUAGCAUCUGUAUGCUCGCUUGUGCUUUCAUCUGCGCAAACUUCUGGCGCGAUAUUAACGUUAAGAAUCUCAAACAGGUCAAAGGGCGUGUUGUAUGA